AUGAGAGAAAAAGUAACACCCGUCCAAACAAGUCAGCAACAAUCUUUGAACACAACAGACAAUGCAACUGCUCAAAACACAAAUGCCAACAUCCCACAAACAUUAUCAUAUGCCCAAGUUACGCGUCAAACACCUGUUGAAUCUAACUCUUACAACCCAGAACUCGCAGAGUUAAAAGAAAUGAUGAAAACAUUGAUAACACAAAUGUCAGGAAUGAUGAACAUUUUAACGGCGUUGGUCACAAAAAUCAAUGGAUAUGAGAAUAAAAGAGUUCUAGUAUCAGCAGUUUUGCAACGUUUGACAGCUCAAAACUCUUUAUAUGACCAUCCAACAGUCCAAGCCAUUAAAAAUAUGCAUGACACAACAAAGGAAAGUCUAUGUGAACUUCAUAAUUUAAAUAUUGAAACAUCAACUUGGGAUCCAAUUUUAGUUCACAUACUACUAAAAAAGUUGGAUAAAAAUACACAUUGCAGUUUUGAACAAACUCUUACUAACCCAAGGGAGAUGCUCACAAUAAAACGAUUCUUAGAAUUUUUAGAAUUGAAAUUUCAAUCACUUGAGCCUAUAGGUCUAGGAGACAAUGCAGUAUAUAAACCCAACAAAAGGAUAGCCGUAACUAUGGUUUGUUCAGAUCUAUGUAAAGUUUGUAAUACAGAUAAACAUCCGAUCUACUAUUGCAAAAAAUUCAUUGAAAUGACUCCUCCUGAACGAUUAAAUUGGAUUCAACGACAAAAACUAUGUGUGAAUGGUUUCAAAUCCGAUCAUAAAGCAAAGGUUUGUGAAGCUGGAUCAUGUAAAAAAUGUGCCAAGAAGCAUAACACUUUGCUUCAUUUAGAGCAACAGUCACCUAAACCUUCAAGGGCACCAGCAACAAACACAAAGUCAACCACAACAUUGAUCAACGCUAAUGAAUCGCCAUCCAUAACAGCAACAACUAAUGCAAAGGGUACUCGUAAUUACGUUCUGCUAGCCACUGCAAAGGUGCGCAUUAUUGCAAACAAUGGACGAACGUGUGAUGUUCGUGCCAUACUCGACUCAGGGUCUCAAGUGAACCUAGUAACCCAAAGAGUAAUCAACAAGUUAUCUUUAAUUACCACAAAUUCAAAUCUAUCGAUCGAAGGUAUUGGCCGUCAAUUCGGGAACUCAAAAUCUCGCGUAAAUGUUGAACUGCAGGCUACUAAUGGAAGCUUCAGGACGAGACUAGAGGCAUUUGUAUUGCCACAAAUAAUAUCAGCACAACCGUCACGAGACCUAGAUAUCUCGGAUUGGCAGAUCCCACAGAAUGUAGAAUUAGCAGACCCCAGCUUUAACAGAUCUGGAAGAAUUGACAUGCUGAUUGGUGCUGAAUUCUAUCAUACUCUACUUCAACCAGAACAAUUGAUAAUAGGAAAGAAUUCGCCACUGUUACAAAAUUCGGUUCUGGUUGGUAAGACUAAAACUACAACAGAUAUUAAACCAACAUGCGCUAUUACUACAGGAGAAGUUGGUGAAAUGUCAGAAAUGAUAGAACGAUUUUGGAAGUUAGAUAACAUUGAGACUGCAGAAAGGGUUUUGACUUUAUCUGAGAAAUGGUGUGAAAAUCACUUUACAAAUCAUGUAAAGACAAAUCACGAUGGUCGUUUCAUUGUACGCUUACCCUUCCGCGAUGAUCCCACAACACUUGGUAGAUCGCGUGAGAUAGCAUUCAAUCGAUUUUGUUCUCUGGAAAGGAAGUUACAAAGGGACCCAAAUUUAUACAAGGAGUACAUAAAGUUCAUGGAUGACUACGAGUCAUUAGGUCACAUGGAAAAAGUUUGCCCGAAAGAUGUCAAAGGAGCACAAUAUUUCAUUCCUCAUCAUUGUGUCUUGAAACCUGACAGCACUAUAACCAAAUUGAGAGUUGUCUUUGAUGCAUCAGCAAAAACAUCAAGCGGUUUAGCACUAAACGAUAUUUUGCACAAAGGUCCAACAGUGCAAAGUGAUCUUUUUUCAAUACUGUUGCGUUUUAGAAUACACCGGUUUGUAUUUACGGCUGAUAUUGAGAAAAUGUACCGGCAAAUUCAAGUACAUGAUGAAGAUACAGCACAGCAGCUGAUAAUCUGGAGAAAAAGUGCUGAUGAUAGUAUACAAUAUUACCGACUGAAAACGGUUACAUAUGGAACGAAGUCAGCCCCUUAUCUUGCAACAAAAUGUCUUCAACACCUUGCGAAACAUAAUAUGACCAACUAUCCGCUUGGAGCACCUGCAUUACUUAAUGAUUUUUAUGUAGAUGACUGUUUAAGCGGAACUAACAGCAUCAUUACCGCCUUAGACACUCAACAACAACUUACGGAACUGCUCAGUAAAUCAGGAUUUAAGCUGAGGAAAUGGUGCUCAAAUAAUACACGACUCCUACAAAACAUUCCGAUAGAAGACCAAGAAAUCAACCUUGAUUUAGAUGACUCAGCCAUAAAGCCAACAAAAACAUUAGGCAUUAUUUGGCUCCCGAAAUCAGACGAAUUUUGCGGAAAGGCAGAGAUGUCAUCAGAGCAACCUAUCACGAAGCGGAUUGUGGCAUCGGACUUAGCUCGAAUUUUUGAUCCUUUGGGAAUUUUUGGCCCCAUUACUGUAACAGCUAAAAUAUUCAUGCAGGAAUUGUGGCAACAAAACUAUUCCUGGGAUGCGGAACUGUUACCUCAGGCUCAGCUAGAAUGGAAGCGUUUUAGAAAUGACUUACAAACAUUAAAUACUGUGAAAGUACCCAGACAUAUUUUUAAUUCGACGGUUCCCUGUUCGAUUCAAUUACACGUGUUUACGGAUGCAUCAGAGAAGGCAUAUGGAGCAGCUAUGUACGUGCGAGCAAUAUAUAAUGAUAACACAAUAACAUCGAGACUAUUGUGCGCCAAAUCUAGAAUAGCACCAUUAAAGAAACAGACACUUCCACGACUAGAACUCUGCGCAGCAUUGCUGGGAGUCGAAUUAGCAGAAAGAGUAAAACAAGAUUUAAAGUAUCAAAACGUGCCAACCUACUUUUGGUCCGAUUCCGAAAUUGUUUUGUCAUGGAUAAUAUCUUCAUCUGCCUCAUUGCACACAUUCGUAGCAAAUCGUAUUAGCAAAAUUCAAGAGAUGUCACAUGCUGAUCAAUGGCAUCAUGUGGCGUAA